GCCUCAGUGACCACGUGACUCCACCAAGCUGUGUUACCGGUUUAGCACCAGGUCCAACCUGAAUCCUCGGCCUCCAGUACUUGCUGCAGCCGGGUAGCAAGCUUCAGUGACCGGGCAGUGCUGGCAGGUUGUGCCGGUUACGUUAUGGAGGGAUUCUGCGAAGACCUGGUGACUGCCCUGAAGGAAGUUGUGAGCAACACCAACUGGCAGUGUGUUGGGGAGAAGGACAACUUCAAAUCCCCAUGCACCAAGUAAGAGGCAUGACAUUUCAGGUAGCAGGUAGCAUGUUGGGAUUAGCCACCAGCAGGGUCCUUGGCAGCAAACUCUCACUAUGCUCAGGCACACUGCUGCAGUUCCUGUUGUUGCCUGUACCUGUCAACAGAGGACCCCUGUCACUGUGAUUUAUGUCAAAUAAAAAAACAUUUAUUUAACUGAACAGUUGGAAAGUGCUACAUGUAAUAAAUGUCAUUUUAUUUUAAAUUGUCACUUCUUUUAAAGGUUCUAUUCAGAAGAUGGCCAACAUGUGGUUUUAAUUCACACAGGAGAUGACAGGUUCUAUGCCAUGGAUUCCGCAUGUCCUCAUGAAGGUAUGUUUAUAGUAAAUGCUGACCUAUCGAUACAGCUGGUUAGAGCAGUGGAAGCAUCCACCCUUAGUCACAUUCUCAUAGAUUCCUCACCUCUCAAUUAUCCCACUUCUGGAAUUGUAAAUCUCUGCGGAAUAUGUUGGCGCAAUAUAAAUGCUAAUCAUAUUAAUGAGAAUUUAGAAAGUUCGGUAUGAUUGCUUGCAUCCUCCAUUACCUGUACACAUAGAAUUAGUGUGGGAGCUUCAAUGUCCUCCUUCAAUAUUUAGUUAAUGUUUAGAUGUUUCCAUUUAACAGGAGGGCCUCUAGAGCAGGGAGACAUUGAGGAACUUGCAAACGGUCGUAUGGUGUUAACGUGUCCCUGGCAUGACUUUGAAUUCUGCUUGAAUGAUGGGUCAUCUUCCUCAGGAUUGCAGGUUGGAUAUUGAACAAGAGACAUAUAACGAUGACUUCACUAUAAAGUUUACAUACCCCUUCUUUUUUUUCUUUUUCUUUUUAAAAACAAACUUGAAUUGACUUUUUUUUUUUUUUAAAGCACUUGAGUAAUUGAGUUAUUAGAAAAAUAAUGCAUAUCCUGAAUUUGUAGGUUUACCACAGGGCAGUGUCUAUAUGCAUUCAAAAUAUAUUUGUGUAAGUUUAGCAUUAUAAGGUUGAUAUAUUAUGCGUUAUGGACUGUGCAAGUAUUCAGAUCUGUGUUAAUAAAUUAAUCGGUGGCAUUGAACUUUGGCUGUUUUUUUCUUUCUUUCUUAAUAUGCUAUUCUGCAGAACAAUGUGUAUGAUGUGAAGGUAUACGAGGGGAAGGUUUAUAUCCAAACACAAAAUGCAUUGUCUCUAGUUCCUUGGAAAGAAACCCUAUGUAAACAAACUGGUAAGACUUGAACUGCACCAUACUCUUAAUAAAUAUAUUAUUAACACACACAAUAAUCUCCAGCACUCUCCACGUAAUAUAGGACCAAAACAAAUAAGCCGUGUGUGUUGUUUUUUUUUUGUUGUUUUUUUUUAAGUCUCACUAGUUUGUUUUUUUUAAAUUACAUGGCAUGUAAACGAAUCAACACAGUACUGUGCAAACUCCGCUAUUGAAGGGAUAAUGCCAGGAAAGCACUACUUUAGAAAGAAUACAUCGAUCUGCCUUUCUUUUGUAGAAAUGUGACCACUGAUACUAAUAAUUUAUUCUGAGAAGAUGGGAGAGGAAAUGUGGUAAGGGUCUAAGGGCAUAAUGUGCAUGAACCCAAUAACUAUAAGAACAAUAGUAUUACCAGUUUUAUUUCAGUGCUCCCACAACUACCUCCUUUUUAAGAAAUACUCCAAUAAAGGUUUAGUUUUAACAACCAGAAAUUAUAUUAAUUACUAUAGAUCUUUGUUUUUGUAUUAUUACUAUUUCUUGUCUUUAUCUUUUAGUGGUCAGGGUACUGGUAAUACUCUUGCACUGAUACUAAAAUUGUUGUUGAUUUUUUUAUUUUAUUUAUUUAUUUUUUAAAUGCAAUUAUUGUUACUGAUUAUGGUGUAUGGUCUUAUUUAUAGCUGCUAUGGAAACCGUAAAGCUUUUACCAUGUACGGACAAAGAGUCUUUAUGUUACUGGGCCAGCAGAAUACUUGGCACGGCUGAUCCAGAAGAGAAGGUAAGGUGCGUGUGACGUUCUAGAACUCAUAGGACUGUAGUAAUAUAUAUUAAUUACAUACAUGUAUAUCCUUCUCAGGCGAAACUCACACAUCAAGUACAAGAACUGUGGAACUCAGGAAACAUUUCAGACAUUGGGCAAACUCUACCACCUGCUCAGCCAUGUAGAAAGGAGAAUCUGACCAUAGUGCAGCCAGGCAAAAUCAAGAGAGGGAAGGGAGGAACACUGGUGAGAUUUGUGUGGCUGAAAAAAAGAACAAUCAUACAUUUCCUUUUCUGACUCAUGAACAAAUUUGAGAUCAUUUUGUCAGAUGCUGAUAUAAAUAUUUGUAAUUUUCUACUUGUAAAAUAAUUUACCCAAGUUUUUUUUUUUAGUUUUUUUUUUUAUUAUUGCAGGUAUAACAUGAUCACAUUAAACUAAUGAUUCUUUCUUGUGUUCCUAGGCCAGUAGGAUUGCUUUGCUGCACUCUCUGGCUAACAUUGAGCAGUGGGCAAUAGACCUAUCCUGGGAUAUCAUUGCUCGCUUUGCUGGUUUCCAGCUGCGCACUGGGGAGAUGCUGCCACGUGAAUUCUUCUCAGAUUUUGUUAAAGUUGCUGGAGAUGAAGCAAAGGUUUGUAGUUAUAGACAGGCCAAUCUGGGUUGUCAUCCAUCCAAGAAUCCAAAAAUGAUCGAAUGAGUAGCAUGUUUGUUUGACUCUCAAUAUACUUAAAAUGAGUGAAAAUCAUAAGGGUUUCUUCGAGCAUCAUAAACAAUAUAGGGUUCUGGAGUACCCUGGCCACAUUUCCUGUUAAUGUUGCAAACUGUUUUGCAUCAGUUUGCCCUUUUAUUUGGAUCCUCCCCAAGCAUCGAUGGUCCUUCUUACUAUGGUGACGUGCAGCCAGGUUCUGCAGCUCUCAAACCGAUCCCAUUGCCAUUCAUUACUCAUAGGCUGAGAGCAUCAGCUGACCAAUUACUGCCAACGAACGCAAUUCUGUGCACUCUUGUUACGGGCUGGCUGGUAAUGCUCCAAUGAAGUUACAUCUCUUUCAACUCAGGUUAAUCUCAUGAAGUGCAGCAUCACAAAGCAAAACCCUGCACACAAACAGACUCCAGGCACCAUGACCACUUUAAAUUAGAAUAACCCCUUCAUUAUGAAUAAUUGGCAAUAGGCCAAAACAUUAUUACAUGGUUUGUCAGGGAGAAAAGACAAGUCACUAAUUUCUACAAUUGGUUUUAUUUUUUCAGACCUUACAGACCUUAUUUGUUAAGUAAACAUUUCAAAAGUCCUAGGAAUUUUCUUUUUAGUGCAUGUGAGGUUUUGGUUAUAGGUUAUAACUAAGGCAUCCACCUUUUAAUUGGUUGUAGAUUGUGGUGCCAAUGUUUUAAUUUCAUGCAGUAUUCAGUAUUCACUAUAGUUUAUCCACACUGUAAUGAAAAGCAAUGGUUCAUAAUACUAUGGAGAGCAGGUGCUAACCCAGCUGGGCAUUGAAGACACUAAAAGUUUGCAUGUUUCUGGUCAAAUUAUUUAAAGAAAACUAAAAAUGUGUGUUAUAUUUGCAGUAUAUCUUAAAAAGAGGGUUUGUUUUUGCAAGUUGCCAUCAUAUUCUUUUUAUCUGCAACACAAGCAAAGUCAUUUAGAUAAAACUGAUGUCUGUAUAAAUCCUUACUAUGUAAAGUCUAUAAGUACCAUGAUGCAUGGACAUUUUUUUCUUUAUUUUAUUACUCUUUUAAGAAUAUUGUAUUUUUAAAUGGACACUCCACUACCAUUUCUAUUGAAAUUGCCACCUUUUGUAAAAUGAUAGAAAAGAACUUCAGCAAGCUAAAGUGCUUUAGGUGUUUGGAGUGUUCAUUUAAUGAGAUUUUGUGGGUUAAUUUGCCUCCUAAUGUGAUUUUGCACUCAGAUAUUAUCCAACUGACCCUGGACCCUUUUCUUUUGACUAGCAUUAUCGAUUGUUGGAGAAGCGUCUGUUAGAACUGGGAAGUAACUUUGGUGCACUUCCUGUGCACAACGGUACGUGCUGGUUGCUUGUUUCCUUAUGACAGUCUGCUAUAUUUCCUAGUGGAGUCAGCUAUAUAUUGUCCUGUAUAUCACAAAAACAUUGUUAUGCAGAUUAAAGGGACACUAUAGCAUUAGAAAAGCAAGCCUGUAUUCCUAACCCUAUAGUCUCCCGUCCCUAGUUAGUUUUAAGGCCCCCACGUGUGUAGUGUAAAAUCUAAAAAGAGGGCAUGCCUGGGUAUGAGAGAAGGCUUGGAGUUGUGGCUUUAAGCUGAUUUUAUCAGCCUUCAAAUGAUUAAAAUAUUAUAUUUUGGAGAUUAGGAUGUUAAAGUGCCUAAAGUGUUCUUUUAACAGUUGCUUAAGAGUUUAUUCACUCUGUUCAAUCAGUUGACUGAGAAAAAGUUGUUGGGUAUUUCACAAAUGUUCAGGUGUUUGUUCCCUUCUAGGUUGCUCAUUUUACUUUUGGAAGGGGAUGAAAAAUAGUGUGGAAAAAGAGUGUGGAACUGGUUCAUGUUUUGUAAAAGCCAUGCAUCUACAAAAAAAAAAAAAAAUCACCUGUGUUUUGCAUUAUGCCCUGGCAAGUGUCACUCUUGCAUUAUUAAUUUUUUUUUAACACUUUUCCUAAUUAUCUUUAACAUAUUAGGGAGGGAAAGUUACAGAAGGAGUAAAAGGGGGAUAUUAGUACAAAGCUUGUGUGCCAUUAUUAUACAUCACAUUACAUAUUGAAAUAAGAAUCUGUAAAUAUACAUCAGUGCAGACCACAACAGACAUGGCAAUGCAUCAGUGUUCGACUGGGGGGUUCCCUCAAUAAUGAUUGUAAUUUUACUUCUUAUACAUCUCAAUAUCAGCAUAGGUUACAUAUCAACCUAAUUUUGCAAUCCAUGUUUUGGUUAGUAUUAUAUGAUUGACAAACUUUGUCCCGCUCCUAAUCUCCAAGAAAGCUUCAUAUCCCACACCUAUGCGUCAACCCUACUUGGUUUAGAGACAGCUGUAAACUUAGGCUUGUAUAUAGAUUUUUUUUUCUUAUUAGACGACGCUGCUAAACACCACGUGUCAGACAUUUUCAUGCUAUGGCUAACAAUUGUUGUCCCUUUUGGAUAAUAUGUAGAAGUAGUUUUGUAACCACUCUAAGGUAGAUGAUGGGAAAUACAAGCAAUAAAUAGGUGAGGGCAUUAAAUGAAGAACUACAUUAGUGAUUUCUUGGAUUGAUGAAUUUAUAGAUUUCCAGAAGGGAAUAAUCUUGCAACAGGUCCACCAGAUAUGUAAAACACUGCUUUCUGCUUGGCCACAUCUCCAGCAUACAGAAGGCGUAUUAAGGAAAAUUUUAUGAGGACGGGAGGGAUCCAUAUACCAUCUGUAAUGGGUUUUCCUUACUGGGUAUCAUCAUUCAGUUGCAAAGUAAUUUUUGCUCACAGUGAAAUUUAGACAACCUGACCUUUGGAAGGAGCUCAUACAUAUUUAAACUCCAAGCAUGUUUUGCAGAUUUGCUUCCAUUCAGAUAUUUUUGAAUUAAAAUACUCUUUAAACUCCUCCAUGCAGCCCUGUAUUAGAAAUGAUGUUGGCACAGGAAUUAUGAGUUAUUUUUCGUGCACAGCACAAUUCCUUACUACAAGUCAGUAUUAUUGUUCAGGGGUACAUAUCUAUUCUAUAUCUUGACAGGCCUGAAUCCCUUUGGAUACUUUUUGUGCUGUGUGUUUUUGCUGUUUUGUUUGAUAAAAACAAGAGCAAUGCAAGAUGUUUGGUAAUGGAAAAGAAGCACAUGUAAUGUCAUUUUAAAUAUUUUAUAAUGAAUAUCAGUUUGUUUAAUUCUAAAAAGAAAAAGCAAGUGUAUGCCUUCUGAAAAGUAGGUUUAUAUAAAUGUUCUGUUUGUAUAUGUGUAUAAUGUGAUCUCUGUUGUGUUCUCCUAGGCUUGUGGCAGUCUGCUGCAGACACAGCACAUGAUCUCCUGGCACGGUUAGCUAUUGUGCAUAUGGUCCAUGAAGCAAGGUAAAGCUAAUCACCACCACUGAAGCACUGAUAUAGGUUUAAACACCGGACUACCAAGUAGAGUAAAAUGACAACAAUAGUAUCAUAAAUUAACAGUUGUAAACAUCAGUUUUAUUUUUUUUUACAUGCUUUAUUUUUGAGUGUACGAAGAAACUUACACAGAUUGACAGUGACAUUUGGUGGUAAACAAAGCAUGAAAUUUCAGGGUAAAAGUUAACGCACAACAUGGCAUGAGUAACCGCGCUUUUUAAAAAAAAAUUAGUAAUCCAGUGAGACAUGCAAGGUUAAAUAUAAGUGAGUAGCAUGUUGUAUAUUCUAUAUAUGAAUAAUGGCAGAAAUUCACUCUUUAAGAUGAACAAGCAUCACUUACUCGCAUGCCAGGGGCAUCACUUGUUAAGAUAAAAUCAAAAGGCAACAGGCCCAAAUUAAAAUAAAACCUGAAGAUGUAUACAAGAUAGUCAUUAUAAGCAUGUGAUAUUAAACCUCCUGUUAAGGAGAAGCGCUGCAGGUUCAUGACCCAAUAUCAGUCAGCCGAUUCCCUGGUCCAGGGAAGUGUCUCAUGGUUAAUUAUAAGUUAGUAGCAGGUUGUAAAUUCUAGACAUGUAUAAUGGCAUAGAUUCACUCUUUAAGAAUAACAGGUGUCACGUUCUCGCGUGAGUCAAUUAAAUUAUCCAUCCUUACAGCGCUAGGGGUAACACGUGUUAAAAUAAAUUCAAAUGGCAACAGGCUCAAAUUAAAAUAAAACAUGCAAACAAGUGUGUGAUCCUAAGCCUCUUGUUGAGGGGGAACUGCCGGUCGAUGGCCCCCUAUUAGUCAGCCUAUACCUGGUCUGGGAAACAUAAGUAUAGAGUCUCACCGUUUUGUUUGUUUUUGGGGAAGUGAAACUAUAGGUACUAUGCAGAGUUGCAGACGAGUAGUGACACGUGCGCAGCGUUAAUUAGUCGUACUUGGUGAGUAGGAGAUAUUCAGCAAUUGAGUGCGGUAAGACUGGUGCAGCGCUUUUAGGUUGUAGAUCUGUUAUCUGUGCGUGGUCAGUAGUCUGGACCAUCCUUGUGGGGGUAGAAUCUAACUCCAUAAAAUAAAACAAAUUGUGUAUGUUAUAGUGCCUAAUGUUGUGUGUAGUGUGCACAAAUGGGGCGAUAGUUGCCGGAUCCCAGGCAUGGGUUGCAGAGGCAAGCUGCGGUCAUGAAAGGCGUAGAGAGUCUGUCGAGAGUCCCAGUGUUCCAAGAAGUAAUUUUUGCCUUCUGUAGGUUCCUGAUGGGGUAGGAGGCUUCUCCAUGGAGCACCAUCAGGGUGUGUGACAUGUGCCACCGCUAGGAUAUGUGAUGUGUGCGCAGGAGGGUGGUAAACUGUUUGAGGGACCUACGUCAAGCCAUAGUGCCCCCGAUAGAUAGGCAUAUUGACCUCGAAUUGCGUUGAGUACUGCGCCCUUCUCUGGAACCGCACUAUCAGGUCCAUGGAUGCUGCGUCCGGGGCCUGCGCCAGUUUAGGUAUCCGGAACAUGCCUUCUAGGAUAGCUGCUUUUGCCUGUUUGGGGGGUAGCAUUGUGCCUCUGGUAUCGUGUCCGGUGUCGCGGACCUUAAGAUUCUUUCUGCGUCGGGCAUUCUUCAGUGCAGCAAAUCUUUUUUCAAAGGCUUGGUGCUGUUGCCGUAAGGACUGUACCUUCUGUUGCAGCUGUGCUACCUGUUGCAUGCUGCUUCUAGAUUCUUGCUCUAGGGCCCCCAUGCAUCAGUUUUAUUUUUAUGAAGAAUUGGAUUUAAAGUGGAAUAAUUUUUAUUGCAUAAGUAUUGUAGCUACUAAGAGUUCCUUAUGAGGGUAGCAAAUAAUACCACUCUUGUUUCUUUAUAUUUUAUAACAUAGGCCUCGAUUUAAUAGGCUUUCCAAAUGCUUCAGUACUGUUGGAAAAACUUUUCAAAUUAUUUGUCUAUUUAUAAAAAAAAAGAAUACUAUGGUGCUCAAUUCACAUUUAAAAAUUUGUGGUACAGGUGUUGGUUAUAAAAAAACAUUUUAAGCAUUGUGGUAGUUGUUGCUGUCUAGCUUUAAUCCCAUUUCUUAUUCUGUUCCACCUCCAUAUUUGUAUGUCUCCUAGAGGUCUAGAUGUCCACCCCCAGACCCUUCAGAGAUUCUCAGCCCAGGGGGACGAGUACUCUGUCAAAGUGCUUGAAGUGAUCUACACAGAUGAAAUCACUCAUGUGGCUGCGGGGCUGAAAUGGUUUACAUAUAUCUGUACCAAGGAGCAGAAGGUAUGGCUUGGAGAAAUGCACUGAUGUAAUCCAAGUUUCAUGGAGUCCCUAGAAUAAUUAUUUGCUUUGCAGAAAGCAAUGAGAAAUAUCACAUUUCCAACUAUGUAACAACUGCUGCUGGCUACUAAACAUUCAUACUGAAAUAAAACUAUUUGAAAAGUUCACAUACCAGUAAUAAUACGUAUUUAGUAAUCACUCUAGAAAUAAUUAAAGGGACACUAUAGGCAGUCCCUACAGACUUUUUGCUGUAAACACUGCCUAUUCGAAGAAAAGGCAGUGGUUACAUUACAGCGUAAGAACAGCUCUAGUGGCCACUCCUCAGAUAGAAGUGCUUCCUGGGUCAGAUCUGCACUCUGCAUGGAGACGCUGAACUUUCCCCAUAGAAAUGCACUGAUUAAAUGCAUCUCUAUUAGGACAAAUUCUGUAGCGCUUUACAAUGGGUGGACUUACUGUACUGUUACUGUAGGAUUGUAGCCUGCUGUAGUGGUUAUGAUGUGAGGAGUGCCUAGAGAUUUACAUAUUCCGGUAAUUUUGAAGCAAUGGAAAACAAUUUUUCCAUUUUUUGUUUCUCCAGGUCUGCUCAUCUCUAGGAGCACUCGUGCCUGGAUCCCCAGUAAUUGGGCAAACUGUUUAGCAGUGGUUUUCCCACUGGGACCAAAUUACUUAAAUAAAGAUUUAAUAACACCAUCAUACGCACGCAACAUUUGGGUAGCAUAAUGUAUAGAUUAGUUUAACAGUUCUAAUGAUUUUUUUUAUAUGACAUUAGUAGAGAACCUCUUGGGCCUAGUGCUUACAAUUGUGAGGGACCGAAUUACAAUAACUUAUAGAUAAAAAGCACUAAAACGGUCAUAUCUACCUAGUGUAUUGUAUCUAGUGGUGUUGAAGGGAAAUUCACAGCAUGCAUUUAUAAGAAAACACCUUCGAUACGCUAAGCUCUGAAAUGGCCCCAGCAGCCAGAGGUGAGCCCCAGGAAUCUAUUGGUUUAACCCUGCUCACGCCGCAUUGCGGUCCAUGGGGAUAUAUAUCCCAGUUUAAAGAGCUGUAUGCAUUGCUCGGUUUGAACAUUGCAUAUAGCUCACAUGUCAUUCAGGGGCCAUUGAAAAUAGUCCCAGCUGGUAGAGCGGUGCCCCAGAUAUCGAUUGAUACCUGGGACUCUGUGAUGUGAGCAGUUUUAACCCUGCUCAAGCCAAGAUGUUAGAAUGUGUCAAUACACCCAAACAAUGUUUUAUCUCUGCAUAGUUAGGAUGUAUUGAAACUUGAUUCACCAAUAUUUUCUACAUUGAGUCUUUUUCACUUCUAGCUGCAGUUCCAUCCUAGGCACAGUUUAACUAAAAACUCUUUCAUAAGCUCAUUGUAAUAUAUUGUAUUAAUUGCAUAAUGAUACUUAUUUCUUCUGUAAGGAUUGCUUAUCCACGUUCCAUGAGCUGGUACCAUUAUAUUUCAAAGGAUAUCUGAAACCACCUUUCAAUUCUGAAGGCAGGAAAUCUGCUGGAAUGACUGAAGAGGUAAUUUUAUUUCCUAACUUGGUACUCUAGUACCAUUAUCCUAAUUACUUAUGAAUACACAAAUACUGCCCAGAAAUAAAUGUAAGUUAUUUUAAAUUAAUAUGAAUGUUUGGCUAUGUAAUAUGUUAAAUGCCUUUGUUGUCAUAACAGCAUUGAACUAUUGUUAUAAGGGACACUGUGUACUAAACAUACCAUGAACACUGGAGUUUGAAAAAUAAAUUCUAUCUUUAGUCCACAGUUUACUUAAACAAUUUUUUUCUAAUCUUAUACCUAGUUUCUAUAGAUUUAUUGGUUUUUUUUUUGGUCUUGGUGGCACCUCUUCGUUUUCUUUGGAGACUCAUGGUUUUAAAAUCCCCAUCACAUAUAAUUCAACGUUUACCUGUAAAUUACCUUAAUUAUAGUCUUAACUGAUUAGUCAAAUGCAUGUACUGUAUAUUUUAUUUAAGUGUUUUUAUUGAUUUUUGAAACUGUAUUUACUGAUUUUAUGCUCUGAAACAAGCGUGUAGUCCUUGCUUACAGCCAGGUCCCUUUCACCAGAAACCCCCUGCAGUACAUGUUAAUGUGAAUAAAUGGUUCCAGAGGGAUUGUUUUGAACAGUUCUUUGGGUGGGCAACCGUGGCUUCCAAGUUGUUGGGGGCAACUGAUCAGCCUCUUGACAUAAACACACACAUUGCCAUAUGUAUUCUCUCCCACUAGUCAGGAAGACCAACUAGUGCUUCCCAGCUGUUGGUGGACUAAGUCAUGGGAUUUGAAGUCCAAUUACAUAUGGAGAGCACCAGAUUGUCUACCUGACAAGGAGUAGAAAAUACUGAUGUAAUCUGCCUAUUUUGGUCAAUAAUGCAAAUGGCUUCCAACAUCAUCUUUUACCCUGACUUAUAUGAAGAACCGUGUUUACCUCUCACUCUCUUCUUCCAGUGGUACCUGCCGUUGGUAAAGCCAUCCUGACGUUACUGGAGCAGCCAAACUGAUUACACAGAACAAUGUGUGCUUGUUUUAAAGCACAGUUUCCUAUAAAUGGUAUGCCCUGUAUUUGCAUUUACUUACCUAGAUCAUUUCCUGAUCAUCUACAUCAUCAAGUUGUUCUAUUGAGUCUCACAUGAGCAAUUCUUGAUUUUAAUAUUUAAACCAGCAGGACUGCUGUUUUACAAUAUAUUUUUAUGGAAUUUAAAACAGAUCUUUGAUCACAAUGCUGAUUUGCAAAAAUGUUUUUAUUAAAUAAAAAUGUUUACUUACUUAAACUCCAGAUGAAUUGUUUAAAACAGCUUCCCAAAUAGCAUAUUGCAUCUGAUUUCUCUGGGUGUCAACACGAAAUAAUCAACAUGUCCAUGGUCUAUCUGGUUUAGGAGAGGCAGCAUUUUAAUACUGUAGCUCCUGGCAAUCCCUUCUUAAAUGUGCACACUAGCAGAUUGUUAAUCCCUGAUAUUUUAAGUAAAAUUAUAUUUUAUAUUAAGAGUUGUGUAUGAAAUGUUCAUUUGUCUUGUAGCAUUUUCCUGCAAUUGUGACAAUUUCCACCAUGAACCAGGGCAUGUAAGUGCUCUCUUCCAAAAGCUGCAUUUAGUUGAAUAUCUCCAGUUAGCCAUUGAGUGCAAGAAUACAUAACAUCACCGUACUGUAUUUCUCAGCGAUGCUUGUUUCGGUUUGGAAACCUUGACUUUGGGGGGCAGGUACAGUGUGUGAAACCUGCAUGUCUCCAGCUGAACACUUGGCUUCUGUACAAACCACUGGUGCAGAUACCCAUUGUAGAAGUCCUUGGCAGACAAUUUUUUCUUUAAAAUUACUGUUUUAAUUCCAACCCAGCCAUCCUGUCAAAUAAAGCCAGAUGUUAGCAUUUCGGACAGAACCACUUUACUUACCAGUUACCUGCUUAAUGAUAUAACUUCAAAUAUAAAUGUUAACAUUCGUCAACAAGGAAGCCCUUGAUAUGAUACAAUUUAAUUUUUUUUUACAUUAUAUUGUUUAAUUCUAAAUAAAUAAGACUUCCCUACUGGGAAAAUAAAUGUGCAUCUUACACUGUCAAAAGCUCUGCAAUAUUGAAC